CUCUUCCUCCCAGACAAACAAACGAGUAAACCUCCCGAAGCGAAGAAAACUAAAGGAGUAAACCACUUGCGAAGUCAUCACACACACGCACACUCUCUCGCUCUCUCUUUGCUUUAUUUUUCUAUCUCGCCGUCGAUUCGCCGGAACCCUAAUUCGAUCCGCCGGAGAAUUGAAGACUCCAGUAAGUACACAGUCUUCGGCGACUUUGGGCUUAACUUUUGUUAGGUUUGAGGUGUGUGCUCUGGUUGAGAGUGUUAAAAGACUUAACCCUAGGGAUUUUUGUUUGGAGCAGUAGAUGACCGUACGAUUGGGGAGCAGUUGAGAGAUCGAACGAGCCGGAUUUCGUCACCGGAUGGAGGGAGGGAUACACCCAUGGAUUAUGAUGACAAUGAUUUUCAAAGCCAGAAUCUUCAUUUAGCUGGAGAAGGAAGCACCAAAUUUCCACCGGUUUUACGGCCAUAUGCUCUUCCCAAGUUUGAUUUUGAUGACAGCCUUCAGGGGCAUUUAAGGUUUGAUAGUUUGGUUGAAACAGAAGUUUUUCUUGGCAUUGAAAGCAACGAAGAUAACCGUUGGAUUGAAGAUUUCUCUCGGGGGGGUAGUGGGAUAGAGUUCAGUUCAAGUGCAGCAGAAUCUUGCUCUAUAGUGAGGCGUAAUAAUGUUUGGUCUGAGGCCACUUCCUCAGAAUCUGUUGAAAUGCUAUUGAAAUCUGUUGGCCAGGAAGAAAUUAUUCCCAGACAAACUGUUGUUAAGGAGUUAGAUGCAUGUGAUGAACUGGGUUGCUUAACAAAGCAAAUGGAGCCUAGUCUGAUACAUGAUGAUAAUAUUCUUCCUAAAUCAGGGGAUGUUACAGAUUUACAGUCUACAUUACCGCAGGAUGAGAUUCCUGAAAACUUUUCUGGGUUAGAGGGUGAUAUACUGGCCGAGCGGUCUCAUGUUGAAGAUACUUCACAAACUCAGGAAGAUGAGUUUUCUGCUGAUGGAAGAUCGGGUGAACUGGAUCCUAAUGCUGUCAGUGUAAAGAGUAGCUUACCUGUGAUUGAGGAAAGUCCAUUUGCUGAUGGUAAAGCUAAUGAUGCAAAUAGAAGAGGUGUUGAUAUGUUGGCUGAUGAAUAUCUGGAUGACAAAGCACAAGAAGAUUCUUCUGCAUCAGCGAUGCAAGUUGAUAAUUUGGUUACCUGUACACUCAAUAAAAUUACAAGUGGCAAUGAGGUGAAUGAUCAAGAUCUCCAACAUCAGAUAGAUGAUAUUAGCAAUAUGAACUCAGAGGAACCGCAAACAGGAAAUGUUGAGCAGGAGGUGGAAUUUCAUGUGGUAAGCAGAGAGGCUAAAAUGAAUGAUCAAAAUUUGGAUGAAAAUGUAGUUGAAAGUGGUACCUUUCAUUUAGAAAGCCCUCUUGGUUCGCUCCCAAAGAUAGACUCUGUGAAAGAAGGAAAUGCAAUUGAAAAUUGCACCAGUAAUGUGGUGGAACCUUCUAGUAUGUUACAGAAUGAUGAUUCUGACUUGCAUAUGGUGGAACAAUGCAGAGAGGAUGUAGAUUCCAGCAUUCCUGCCGAGCCAAGGAAAUGUGAUAAUGUGGUUUUGUUAAAAGAUGAUGUAGAUUCCAGCAUUCUUGCCAAGCCAAGGAAAUGUGAUAAUGUGGUUUUGUUAAAAGACACAGAGGUUGGUGAUCCAUUUAAAGUAAAUACACAUGAGGUCACACGACUGGCCUUUAAGGGUGAUACUAGUAAUGAGGGAUAUGCAGUACAAGUUAGCGAUCCCAGUGCUGGAAUAUGCAUAAGCAUGGUGCCAAAGAUGGAUGCCAUUGUUCAGCUAACACAUGGACAGGAAAGUAAUGUUGAGAAGGAUGAUUUGUUACAAACUAGUCGCCAAUUAGAUAAUAAGAUUUUAGUAAGCAAAUCUGAGCCAUCCACGACGUCCAUGGAGGAAAAUAAGGUUUCUGAGGGUGAAGGCGACAAAAACAAUAAUCGUCAUGUAGGAGGUAUUUCUAGUGUGACUUUGGUGUGUUCUUCAGGUGAAUUGCUUGGGGGAACACCUCAGACUGGAACUCUGAAAGUUGUCCUUGAUGUUUCUGGAGCGCCUAGUGAGAAUCUAAUCGCUGAAUCCACUCAAACAUGUGAAGAAGAUAAAUUCUGUGGGCAGGGUGAUGUUCAUAAAUGUGAUAAAAAUGUUUCAUUUAGUGAAAAGGAGAGCACAAUACUGCCUUCUGAUUCUAGUAAUGUGGAUGGUGUGGUUGGUAGAUCUCUUAUCAUCGGUAAGGGAGUGGGGAGCUCAUCUUUUCAUGAAGCAUCAAAUGCUAACUUGGAAAAUGCUAAGGUGGUAUCCUGUCACACGAUGGAUGGUGUUUUCUUGCCUUCUAAUGAUAUCACUACUGAUGGAGUUAUUGAUGGCCAAGAGGUUCAAAUGACAGCUUCUGUUGGGGAGCUUACUCACUCGGAUGAAAAGGAGCCAACUGCAACCAAGACAUCUUCAGAAGCAAGAAUAUCUACUUUGAUGGAAUCUUCAGAAGUGGAAACUGAAUCAGGUCCUGUUUCUGAGACUGAAAAAGAUGCAUCUCAUGCUUCUGCUGGAAAGCUGCUACGAGAAAAUGUUGAUCUAUCUCUGUCAAUGACAGAAACCCGUGAUGCUGAAAGCCAGGCUGAAGCCCAAACAAUAUUUGCUGCUGAAGUUUACCAGCAAUGCGCGAGGGGGAUGGAAGUGCAUGCUGUUAUUUGUGAUAUAGCAGCAAAAGUGGGGGGUGGUGAAAAGGCAGCCCCAAAAGUUGCAGAACCAAUUCUAAACAAUGAUAUGAUGCUCACACAAUCUGUGUCUUUACCAUUGGAAGAAUCUUGCCGUGAUACUGGCCAAAAAGAUCUGGAAGCCGAUGAUACUACAGUUUCUGGAGAUAAGAAUUGUAGGGAAACUGCCAUGCCAAGCACCAAUAGUGAGGUUUUAAAACUUCAUGAGGAUUCCUUUUCUUCUCUUUUGCCCAAAUCUCAAAAUAUGUUAUGUGCACUGGGAAGUGGAAGUACUUCUGGUGAUCCUGGUAAAUUGACCUAUUCCCCUAAUAUUAUAAAAACUGCUGAGCUUUCUCAGAGCGAAAAUAAAAAGGAGGAAAUGAACGCGUCCACAGAGGAGGGACUCAACAGGUCCACAGGUCAGAAUGCCUCGAUUUCGGAGGUCAUUGAUGUGGAUGCCAGCAAUGUUUUGUCUAUUUCUGGGGGUCCAAAAGGAAACUGCACCUCCAAAGAUGGGAGGAGCUUCGGUUUUGAGAUUAGUUCAUUGGCAGAUUCGUCGAGAAAAGACACUGGCAAGAAUUCACAACCCUUUCCUUCUAUUUCCACUGGCAAUGUAACGCCUGUUGUAUUGAAUUCUCCUUCAACCUCUGGCUUAGGCCAAAUGGAGGCCAAGAUGUCACAAGAUAUUUCUUAUGGAUGUCCACAAGUAUCUGAAGGACAGAUUACACGUGGCGAUUCAAAAAGUACUCAUGAGCGUAAAAGUAAGCGACAAGCUGGUAAGGCAACUGGAAAGGAAACUGCUAAAAGAGGAAAUCAUGCAAAAGAAACAGCUCUUACAAGACAAUCAGAAAGAGGGGACAAAUCAACAAAUGUGUCCCUGAGCCCAUCUGCAAUUUUCCAGUUUGUGCAAUCCAGUGAAAUGCAGCACUACGGGCAUAUAGAAGGCAGUAGUACAAAACCAAUUUUUGUUCUUACUGCUUCAACAUCUAGUCUGCCGGAUUUGAAUACUUCAGCUUCACCAUCGACAGUGUUUCAACAGCCUUUCACGGACUUACAGCAAGUGCAAUUGCGUGCUCAGAUCUUUGUUUAUGGAGCUUUAAUUCAAGGAACAGUUCCUGAGGAAGCACAUAUGAUAUCAGCAUUUGGUGGACCUGAUGGUGGAAAGAGCAUUUGGGAGAAUGCCUGGCGUGCAUGCAUGGGAAGGCUACAUGGUCAAAAGUCUCAUCCUAUCACUCCUGAAACCCCUCUGCAGUCACGUUCUGGUGUUAGGACUCCUGAACAAGCAAUUAAACAAAGUGCACUUCAAAGUAAAGGUAUCGGUUCACCUCUUGGUCGAACCAGUAGUAAGGGUAUUCCAACAGUUGUAAAUUCGAUGAUACCCCUUUCAUCACCACUGUGGAGUAUUCCUACCCCUUCUUGUGAUGCCCUGCAAUCUAGUGUCAUGCCAAGAGGUUCAGUCAUGGAUUAUCAGCAGGUACUUACUACAUUGCAUCCUUAUCAAACUCCUCCAGUUAGAAACUUUGUUGGACAUAACACUUCGUGGAUAUCUCAGUUCCCUUUUCGUGGUCCCUGGAUGGCUUCUCCACAAACUUCUGCACCUGAUGCCAGUACUCGUGUUUCUGUGUUACCUAACACAGAAACAAUUAAAUCAACUCCUUUAAAGGAAUCAUCUGUGCUACAUUCCUCUGGUAUAAAACACAUUUCCACUGGUCCAGUGGUUCAUAGUGGGGUUCCUACUAGCACUUCCCUGCUUGAUCCAAAAGAAGUAACAGUAUCACCUGGACAGAAUACUAAAGAUCCAAAGUCGAGGAGGAGGAAAAAGACUCCAGUGUCUGAGGAUCUAGGCCAGAUUGUUUUGCAACCUCAAUUUCAACCAGAACCAGUUUCUACUCCUGCUCUAACUAGUCAUCUGUCUACAUCUGUUGGCAUUGCAACACCCACAGGCUCUGCUUCUAAGGCCACUUCAGAGAAAAUGGUUAUAUCUCAGUCUCCUAUAUCAUGCACUGAUAAUCUCAAAAGGGUUGGCGAGGAUGUAGAGCAGAGGGCCACUUUGUCAGAGGAGACCCUCAGUAAAGUUAAGGAGGCUAGGUUACAGGCAGAGCAUGCUGCUGUUCUCUCUGCUGCUGCUGUUAGUCACAGCCAAGAAAUAUGGAGUCAGUUGGAAAAGCAAAAAAUUUCUGGACUGGUGUCAGAUGUUGAAGCUAAGUUAGCUUCUGCUGCUGUUGCAAUAGCAGCCGCUGCUGCUGUUGCAAAGGCAGCAGCUGCAGCUGCCAAUGUUGCAUCAAAUGCUGCAUUGCAAGCAAAGCUAAUGGCUGAAGAAGCACUUGUUGCAAAUGGUUAUGGCAAUCCCAGUCAAGGUAAUGGGACUUCUCUUCCUGAUAGUGUGAAUCUUCUUGAAAAGGCAACUCCUGCAGCCAUCCUGAAGGGUGAAAAUGGAACAAACAGUUCCAAUUCAAUCAUUAUAGCUGCUAAGGAGGCUGUUAGAAAGAGGGUUGAAGCUGCUUCAGCUGCCACAAAGAGAGCUGAAAAUAUGGAUGCCAUUGUAAAAGCUGCUGAGCUGGCAGCAGAGGCGAUAUCACAAGCUGGAAAGAUUGUUGCUAUGGGUGAUCCUUUACCGUUAAGAGAGCUGGUAGAAGCUGGGCCAGGGGGUUUUUGGAAAGUAUCCAGAGAAUCUUUUGAGCUAGUUGCGAAAUCAAACGGCACAAAUAGAGAACACCUAAACAAUGAUAGUGUUGGAGGAGGUCCAGAUAUUUCUACAAAGAAUUCAAAAGAGGGACCAGCAGAUAAGAAAGAAACUCAGAAUACUAAAUAUGAUAAAUCAUCUAUCCCAACAGAGAUGCCGAGGGAGUCAAUGGAGGAUCAAAUGAGAUUGGUAGAUGGCAUUUCAGCUACUGUCACAACUAAUGGAAAGGAUUCAAGAGGACAAAAGGGCCGAAAAGUUUCUGAUUUGGCUAAAACCAUUGGUGUGGUUCCUGAAUCUGAGAUUGGAGCAAGAUUUUCCAUUACUGUUCGGAAUGAGUCUGAAAAGGCUGUAGAAACUUUUAAACAGAACAGCAUCAAGGAGGGUUCACUUGUAGAGGUUCUCAAAGAUACGGAUGGAUUUAAAGCAGCCUGGUUCACAGCCAAGGUGUUGAAUUUGGAGGAUGGAAAAGCAUGUGUUUCUUACAAUGAACUUCAAGCAGAUGAUGGGGAGGGACAGCUGAAGGAAUGGGUAGCGCUUCAAGGUGAAGGAGACAAGGCACCAAGAAUACGUAUAGCCCGUCCUGUUACUGCUGUGCGAUAUGAAGGCACAAGGAAGAGACGCAGAGCGGCUAUGGGGGACUAUAAUUGGUCUGUCGGUGAUAGAGUUGAUGCAUGGAUUAGAGACAGCUGGUUGGAAGGGGUUAUCACCGAAAAGAUCAGUAAAGAUGGGACUACAUUAACUGUCCAACUUCCAGCUCAAGGAGAAACGUCAGUUGUGAGAGCCUGGGAUCUUCGGCCUUCUCUCAUUUGGAAUGAUGGGGAAUGGAUUGAAUUGUCCAAUUCGCGAGAACAUGACUCCGCUUCUCACGAGGGUGAUAUGCCACAGGAAAAACGACUCAAGUUGGGCAGUCCAAUGGUAGAGGCCAGAGGGAAGGAUAAGAUGUUGAAAAGCAAGGAUGUUGUAGAAUCAGGAAAACCUGAAGAAUCAAGAUUACUGGAUUUAUCAGCGAAUGACAAGAUAUUUAAUAUUGGUAAGGAUAGCAGAAAUGAGAAUAAGCCAGAUGCCCUCAGAACAAUAAGGACUGGUUUGCAGAAGGAAGGAUCAAGAGUGAUUUUUGGUAUUCCUAAGCCUGGAAAGAAGAGAAAAUUCAUGGAAGUAAGCAAACAUUAUGUUGCAGAUCGAAGCAAUAAGAUUAAUGAAGCAAAUGAUUCAGUUAAAUUUGUGAAAUAUAUGAUGCCUCAAGGAUCAGGAUCCCGUGGAUGGAAAAGUAGUUCUAAAGGUGAUUUAAAGGAAAAACGAGUCGCUGAAACCAAGCCCAGAGCUUUUAAGUCGGGAAAACAGCAAAGUGUUUCAAGUAGAACUAUUCCAGCAAAGGACAACCUUCUGAGUGCAGUUUCUGCUCCCGAUGAUGGCGCUUUGACAGAUCAUUUAGCAAAAGUCAAGGAUUCUGUAAGUCAUUUGGAGAAUGCAUCAGGAAAGCAUAACCAGUCAGAAAUUGGAUCACUUUCUAGCACUGAGGUAGCUGCAGAGGGCCCAAUUUUAUUUUCUUCACUGGCUCCCUCAUCAGACGGAUCCUUAAAGAAAGUUUCCACUUCAAAUGCCAAAUCUGAAAGGGUAAAUAAAGGAAAACUUGCACCUGCUGGUGGUGGAAAGUUGGCUAGAAUUGAGGAGGACAAAGUUUUUAAUGCUAAUCCUGCAAAAUCAACCUCUGAAGUUGUCGAGCGACGUAGAUCUAAUCGUAGAAUUCAACCAACGUCAAGGCUACUGGAAGGAUUGCAAAGCUCAUUGAUCAUCUCGAAGAUUCCUUCUGUUUCACAUGACAAGGGUUACAAAAGUCAGAAUAGGAGUGGUUCUAGAGGGAAUAACCAUGGCUGAAUGGAGCUUUUGCAAUGAGGUGUUCAAGUUCAGAGAAGAUCAGCUAUCAGAUGAUAAAUACACCAAGCUUAGUUCAUGUGUAUAUUAUUAUAGUAGGAGAGAAAAUUAGAAAUGGAAAUUCUUGCUUCCUAUGGCCUAGUCAAAAUCUAGUCAGUAGAUAAUAUUGAUUUAGUUUCUUCUAAAUUAUGAUUACCCUAGGUCCUUCCUAAUAGGUUGUAUAUGGAAAAUUCUCCAUGUAGUCUGGCUUGAAAUCACCGAGGAAGUUUGCAGAUGAGCAAUCUUGAUGCUUCUUUCCUUGCAAAAAAUUAACAUCUUUGACGUGCUGCUGUCUGUGUCUUUUUUCUCUCA